CAGGGAUACAUAUAUAGUCUGACGCAUUUGUUGUUAGAUAUAUGUAUAGUAUGUGCGUAGAUAUUCGGUUUUACACCCCUGCACACCCCUGGGUUUUUCGUAUGACACUUCGGUCGAGUUACUCAGGGAUUAUCAGUAAUAGUAAGCAUUUAUAGUGCUUCAGUGAUGAAGUUAAAAUAUUUGAUACAAAUGGAGUGGUUUGAAGGAACUAAAAAAAUGAAUAGUGAUCGUGGAUAGCGACCGGCGUGAAAAUGGCAAUCUCAAGUUGGAUGAUUUGGGGUAGGAGUCUACGCACGAGUAGACCACAUCGCAGUCGUUCGGAUCACGAGAGUAGUUGUAUUCAACUUGAUCUGUCAAAAGGAGUGCAAGAAAAUAUUCGAGAAGUUUUGACGAAUCUUUGUUUACGUCAAGGAGUUUCGAGUGUGAAAAAGUUAGGUUAUUUGAAUGCUAUUGUAAGGCUCAUCAGUGACAAUGACUUUACUGACUUCGGUUACAGUCUUGAAGAAAUCCUUUGCUGCCUUCGGGUGGGACUUGUUCAAGAAGCAACUCAAGUACGAGCAGCAGCUUUACGUGCAAUUAGAUAUCUGGUUAAAAAGCAAGAGGAUGUUCUUACGGUUAAUAAACUCCAUUAUCCAUACUUUAUUGCUCGUAGCAUGGAUAUCAAUUUAAAAAAUGAUAUCGAAAGAAUGCAAGCUUUACGACUGGUAAGACGAAUACUUGUAUUGGCACCAAAACAUUUUAGCCCAGUAUUGGCCAGAUCUCUGAUAAGUUUAACAAAUGGAGGCCUUGAAGAGAAAGAUCGAUCAUUCAGAGUGUUUUUAGCAACACUUUGCGAACUGGGUGUAUUGAAUUCAAAUUUAUUAAUCAGCUGUGGUGGUGUUGGUGCUCUAACGAGAGCAGCAAUGACUGGUUUGAGUCCUGCAAUAAUAGAAUCGAUCAUUGGUGUACUUUUAAGAUUAUUAGCAAAUCCGGAAACACGGAGUAGUGUAUCAUUGAUGUGUUUGGCUUCGCCUUAUUGUGAAUUACAUACAUCAAUAAAUGAUCGAUCACGUGAAAAUCGUGAAACACGAUUUGCUGCAAGUAAACAAGCUUUACUAAGUGUUUUACGAUCUUAUUCUGGAGUUAUAAAUUUUUGUAAUCCAAAUGACAAUGCUGGACUUAAAGCAAUUGCUGAUAUUUUAUAUGUGGAACAAUUGGAAGUACGUGGUGCAGUUUUAGAAUUAUUAUAUGAAUUAUUAGGGCUUCCUUUGCCAAUGUGGACUGAUGAACCAGACGUUGCUUUAGCCGCUGUAGAUCCCUGUCGACAACGUGAAAAUUGGAAGCUUUCAGAAGGAUUUGUAGCUGCUGAAGGAAAAUCAGUCUUACCUUCUCUUGCUUCUCAUUGUCCAAACAUCACUGAAUUACACCUAUCAUUACUCGUUUAUAUUUUACUGGAAUGCGGACUUCAUCGUGCACUAGCUGAAACUAUUGUUUCUGCAGAUACAUUUAUUUCAGUGCGAGCUGCAGUACUUCUCGGUGGUUUACUUCAUCUUGCUCACUCACUUCUUCCUCCAGACGUCUGUGAUUUAACACCGCCUCUUCCAAAUCUUCUAGAACACGCCAGUCUCGGAAGACAUCAAGCUUUAGCAGCUGUUACGAUCCUAGGAAGAAUGCAUGCAAUGAUGCGCCGAAAACCAGCACCAUCUAGUCUUUUUCUUGAUCGGAUUCUUCAAUCAGGUACAUGGCUAUUGCCCUCUAUGCCUAGACGUCAAAGAACUUCGAGUCGAAAUUGGUUGCGACGUGAAUCACCGACAACUCCACUACUUAAAGAUGCUCAAGUACUAAGCUCUAAAGAUGCUCUUGCUUGGAAUUGGCCGGUAAUCCGUUCAAUCUUGCGUUCGCGAGAAGACUCAGUUUUGGAUUCUGACCAUAAAUUGUUUAUGAAACGCUUAGUACGUUAUUUUAAACCUUCUUCUAAUACAUUUAGCCGUGUAGAACUAAUUACAAAUGCGAGUUUAGCGCGAGAUGCAACUUUAGCAGGUUGUGAUUUAGUUAAUUGUCUUCUUGAAAUGCACGAACCAGAAGGAACUAGACUGUUAAAUGAAUUAAUCAGCGAUAUUGCUGAUCAAAUUAAUGCUAUCAAGACUUUACCAUCUGCUCACGAGUGUUUAUUCUCACCACGGCACAUGACUACAACGUGCUGCCAAAAAUACUUUUUAUUUCUUGGCCAAUUAAGCCAUUCGGCCAAAGGUACUGUUAUUCUUAAAAGCUUCAACUUAUUGGAGAAACUUGAAGACUUGGCUAUUGCCACUAAUCAUGACUGUUAUGUCAAACUCAUUAUUUCUACUCUUGAUUAUUCAAGAGAUGGUCCAAAUAGAAAAGUUUUAAGGAAAAUCAUAUCAUCAGCUAGUGUGGAACAAACACGAUUAUACGCUACACAAUUUCUACGUUUGAUACUCAGAGCUAAGAUAACCGAUGCUUGUCAAUGGGCUUUGUCAUUAAUUGUAGAUAGACUAGCAGAUGAUAGCAAGUCAGUUGCUUUAGCUGCAUUGGAAGCUCUUCAUGAAAUGUGUGAAGAGCCUGGAUAUUUGGAAUCAUUUUUUCAACAAACUGGUCUCAAUCGCGCGUGGGAAAAAUGGCUUCCAAAUUUGGGUGAUCGUGGAUAUUUACUUUUUAUUCGUCUAUAUGCGCUUCAAGCGGGUUUUACAAAACUUCCGUCCCCUGUUGAAGAACUAGAAAAGUGGACCAAAUCAGAUGGCUUUUCUGACAGAUACGUGGGUCUUAUUGAAGGUGAAAUCCAUGAUUCUCUAACUAGAAGACAACGUAGCGAAAACGGAAGCUAUCCAAGAAGAUCUAGUAAUAUGGUUAUUUUACCCCGUGAUGUUUUCAUUCCUCCUCAUUUAAUUGGACAAUUUGUUCAACACGAAUUAGGACUGCAAUUGUUGAUGAGGAGAAAUGUCUUUCAAAGAUUUGCUAGAAUUAUUCAAAGGUUUCGGCCAGACAUUGGAACUACUGAUACAGAGUCUUAUUCGAAGGCAACUAAAAGUAGUAGAUCAUUUAUAGACGAUUAUCAUUUGGUUUCUGAAGAAUCUGGAGCUGAAGAUGUGGUGGAGUCAAUAACUAGACUUGAAACAAUCAUUGACUCAGAAGUAAUGGAAACAAAUGAUUGUCGAACACCACGAAAGACCAAUUCUUUUUUGGAAAUAAAAAGAAAGUUAAGCGUUGAUGAUUCUCAACGUACAACUCCAGAAAGAAGUUUUUAUCGUGAGGACUUAGAUCAACAUAUCGACUUAGAUGAAAAAUUAGUUAAAGUUAAAUCAGCUCUUUGGGCUUUAGGACAUGCAGGUACUUCACCAGCAGGAGUAGAACAACUCCAAAAUCUUGGUAUAAUUGAAAUGAUAACUACUAUGGCCGAAUCUUGUCAUUAUUACUCGAUACGUGCAACAGCAAUGUAUGCUUUGAGUUUAAUUAGUACGAACAGUGCAGGCGCUGAUGCACUAACGGCACUCAAUUGGCCAUGUGUGAGAUAUAGACGAGGUGAUUAUUGGCCUGUUGUUCCUUCUACCAAUCCUUAUACAGUACCAAGUCCUGUUCCUAUUCAAAAACAUCAUCGUAGUCUCAGUGAUGGUAAACCAGAAUUACCUGAACCUUUGGUGCGAAGGACAAGAAAUCGUUCAGAAAGUGCAGCAACAGAUAUUGAAGUCAAACGUUAUGCUUUUCCUGAAAGAGGAGAAACACCAAGUCCUGUUUCAAGCAUACAAAGGUUAAGUCAACAAGAUGCAGAAGGUUAUGCUAAACUUCGAAGUUUACAAAGACAUCGCAGGCCGAGUUACUCACAUAGUAGUUUAGAGAUGUAUAGUUCAGAUGGAAGACUGUCAUUACAAAGUCUGUCAGAAUUAGAAUCAUCCCGUAGUUGGACGACAGAUAAUAUGCUCACUACAACUCCUCUACCUCCUCCGCCAUUACCUCCACGAGAGGAAGAUCCCCGUGACUCAUGGUAUAUGGGCAUAUGUCUUCCAAAAAAUCUAUCAAUAUUAUUCCCUCAUACUUCUCGAUCUUCUUUAUCGUUUUCUGUACCUGAAGGAGAAAGUAUUAAAACGAAUACAGAUUCGAGCAAUAUUGAUGAAGAAAAUAGUUCAGAGUAUGAUAUUGGUAAAGAUCAUAAUCAAAUUUGCUUAGUAUGUUAUAAAAAAAAUAUUAAUGAGGGAAAAGUAAUGAGCGAAACCGAUGCUAAAAUUCAAAGGGAUAUUUUGAGAAAUACACAACGUCUAUCGAAUCCUGUUUUGUAUCGCUAUAGUCGUCAAGUUUUAUUAAAGUUAAGACAAAGUUAUCCUGAAAAAUUUCAAGAUACGUGUAUUUUCUCUGAAAUUGCUGCACGGUUAGGAAGUGGAACGUAUCGUUUGCCCGCACGUCGAUUUCUUCAGGAAUUAUUGUUGGAUUCUCCAUUCGAUGCAUUGUAUGUAGAACCAAUGAAUAUAUUAAAAAUACCUGUGGGAACGGAGGAAAAUCCAGCACAAGGUUCAAUAGGUUUAGGAACAGAUUCAUAUACGUUAGGAGUUAGUCCAUUGAAAAGAAAAGUCAAUGGAAGACUGACUAUUCCUGAAGCUGAUUCAGAAUCAUCAGUUGCUACAAUAUCUGAAUUGAUAAGUGAUUCACAAUCACUCAGUGGCCGUUUAAAAUCUCCAGAACCAUCUCAAAAGACAGAAAAACUCAGUGAUGAAAAAAUUAUUGCCGAAAUAUUGAAACCAGCCCAGAGACUUCGAGUAUCAAAGAGUUCUGAUAAAUUAUUAAAAGUAACUAGUAAAAACACUGCCAUCAGCCUUGAUUAGUACUCCAAUAUUAUUAUUCUGAUUAUUAUUAUUAUUAUUAUUAUUAUUAUUGAAAAUAAUUCAACUGUAAAUAUUUUAUA